AUCUGUUUUCUCUUUUUCUCUGCAAUGUAAACAUUCUCUCAUGGCAUAUCUUUAAUAAAAUCAAGCUUGAGCUUCAUCUUGUGACAUGGUAUCAGAGCUUCUCCGUUCCUCUGGGCUCCUCUAUCUACGGUAAGUUUUCUUUCUUUGUUCUUUAUUCUCUGUUCGUUACUCUUCUCUUUAUUAUGGCAUCUACUGGUGCUUCAUACUCUAGUGCUGCUUUGGGCUCUAAUACUGCUCCUCCUAUUUUGGAUGUUAAUCAUCCUUACUAUUUGCAUCCCUCGGAUAACCCUGGGUUGGUUAUUACCACUGUUGUUUUGGAUGAAUCCAACUUUAGUCAAUGGCAUCGUUCCAUGGAGAUUGCCUUGUCCUCCAAGUUAAAAUUGGGAUUUGUUGAUGGUUCUUAUAUUAAACCUGCUGUUAAUUCUCCUUUGUCUAUGCACUGGAUUCGUUGUAAUAACAUGGUUACUUCAUGGUUGUUGAUUUCUGUGUCGAUACCCAUUAGACAGAGUAUUGUUUAUAUGAAAUCUGCUAAAGCUAUCUGGGAUGACCUUCAAGUUCGUUAUGCCCAAACAAAUGUCCCCAAGUUGAUUAACCUUCGUAAAGAAAUUUCACAUCUAGAUCAGGGCGCUAUGACCAUUUCUGCCUAUUUCAUAAAAUUCCGCACUAUUCAUGAUGAGUUAGAGUGUCUUCAUUCUAACCCUAGGUGCACUUGCAAUCACUGUACCUGCACUGUUAACUCUAGAUUGGAUGCCCAGGAGCAAACUAUUCAGCUGACACAGUUUUUGAUGGGUCUUAGUGACCAAUUUACUGGUAUUCGGGGUCAGAUCUUACUCAUGACUCCUCUCCCAACCAUGAGUCAGUGUUAUGCCAUGCUCCUCCAGGAAGAGAGUCAGAGAGGUGUCACAAAUGCUGUUGUGCCCUCUGCUGACAAUUCUUCUGCUAUGUCUGUGAAAUACAAGCCUUCUCCUGGUAACAAGCCUUUUAAAAAGCCCACUGCUGAGUCUCCUAUCUACUGUGAGUAUUGCCAUAUGCAGGGUCAUGUCAAGGAUAAGUGUUUCUGCUUACAUGGGUAUCCUCCAUGGCACAAACUACAUGGCAAGCCAAAACCCAAGCCCAAGCACCUAGCUGCAAGUUCCUCUACUACAGCCCCUACUCACAACAUCAAUCAACCUGCAUCUGCUCAGCCAGACCUGGGGGAAGUGUGUCUACCUGUGCUCCUGCUUUGCCCUUUUCAGAGGGUCAAUAUCAGCAUCUGGUUCAGAUGUUGUAGCAGUCUCUGCAACUCCCACAAUCUCCAGCUACUACUUCAUCAUAUUCAGCAGCUAACUGCACCCAAUUUGCAUGCCCCUACCUUGAUGAGGGACCUCGAGAUUGGUAGGCUUGUAAAUGGACUCUACAUCUUGCAGUCAACUUCCUCUACUCCUCCUGCUGUGUCUUGUUCAGCUGCUCAUUACUCCUCCACUUAGCCAAAUUUGUGGCAUGCUCGCUUUGGUCAUGUACCACUUUCUAUUUUAAAAACUGUCUCUAUUGACUGUAAAGAUACUAAGUUGCCUGUCUGUGACACUUGUCAUAUUUCUAAGCAAGUUCGUCUUUCAUUUCAUAAUAGUCAGACUACUAGUGCUGAUAUUUUUGAUAUUGUGCAUAUGGACCUUUGGGGUCCAUAUCGUAUUAAAACUCAUAGUGGCUGUAAUUACUUCUUGACAUUGGUUGAUGAUAAGUCUCGUGCUUCAUGGGUAUUUUUGUUACCUGAUAAAUCUGUUGUGCAUUUACAUCUUACUGAGUUUGUGAUGUAUAUUAAAACUCACUUCAAGAGAACCAUCAAGGUAUUUCGU